GCUCGCGUAUCCUUCCGCGCGGCGCCUCCAUGUUGAUUCUCGAGGAACCGAGCGAGCGGCUCCCGGUAGCAGCGUCAGCAGCAGCAGCAGUAGAGGCGGCGGCGGCGGCGACGGCUUUAGCAUUAUCGGCGGUGAAAGAACUCGUCGGCGACUCGCACAGAGCUCCUCGCAGCCCCGGUGACCAACUCGUAAUCGGCAUCGCUCACGAUCAGCGCUCUAGUUUAGCGUCGUAAGUCUCCGAGCGCGGCGUUUCCUCUCCUGAGAUUCUCUCUCGCGAACGAGGGGAAGCGACGAGAUACUUUCAUCAUCGUUAUCACCGUCGUCGUUACUAAUUAUCGUCACUACGUAUUAUCAGUAAUACUGUUAUUGUAGUUAAGGGUUAUUGUUUUAACCGCGCGCUAGUUUAAUUUCGUUUACGUUCGGGGCAGCAGUAGUAGUACAGUAAGUGUACAUUAAGACACAAAGAGAGGCGGUCGUGAGGCGCGGCGCGAGUCCAUGUAGGAGGAGGGAGCAUGAAGCCCGCCAGCGCUACCGCGUCCAGCCGCAAGGCCGGCACCUCCAGACCCACGCCCGGCAGGGGCCGCGGAAACAAAGGUCCUUCCCACUCGCCCACAUACGAAGGUGUUUACAACAAUCCUCGCAUGGUGCAUGUGCUCACGUCUGUAGUGGGCGCCAAGUGUGAACUGAAGGUGAAGAAUGGAAAGGUUUACGAUGGGAUAUUUAAAACUUUCAGCCCAAGGCUGGAGCUAGUUUUGGAUGCGGUGCAUCUCAAGAGCCAAGACUCUACUGAGGUGGCGCCCAGACAAAGUGACAUACGCCCGUCCGUCGUCUUCCACCACCCUGAUGUGGUGCUGCUUCAUUUCCGCGAUGUCGACCUUAACUUCGCCGCAAGAGUGUCGUCUGACACAGACAACUUUACGGAUGCUGGCAUCAGCGGCAAGCUCAACGGAGAGCACAAGGAGCGCGAGUUGGAGCCCUGGAUGGGCGGGGAUAACAACAAUGAUGACGUCGCCCUUGACACGGACAUGUCAAAUGGCUGGGACGCCACUGAGAUGUUCCGCUGCAACGAGGAGGUUUAUGGUGUAAAAUCAACAUACGACCACAGCCUUUCCAACUACACCACGCCACUGGAAAGGGACGAGUCUGAAGAGUUCAUGCGACGACAGGCUCGCGCAACUCAACUCGCGCAGGAGAUCGAAUCGAACCCAUCGUACCGUUCACGCGUGUCGCUCGAAAAUGACGAGGGCCGCACGGAGGAGGAGCGCUUCAGUGCCGUACACCGGAACGCACCACCGCAGGGUGGCGAGCGACAACCUUAUCGCUCGCGCGUUGUACUGCCCGCCAACGCCGGGGCGGAUGGAGAAGAUGGGCGUGCGGACGAGGAACGGUACCCGCUGCCUCCGCGGGAGAGGCAGCCAUACCGGUCCACCCGUAAUCCCAACGAGAGCGACGACUGCCGGCAGGACGAUGACAGAUAUGGCUCCCGGUCAGAUCGACCCGGAGACCGCGACAGCCCAGGCUUUAACCAUAGGGACGUAAAGUUCAUGGGGCAGAGGCACCGGGACAUGGCACGUGGCGGAAUGAGGCCAGGCCAGUCACGUGGUGGGAGGCCUGGGCCUGCGCCACACCACUCGCCCAGGGGCAGUCCUUAUCACCCACACAGCUACCCACACCCAGAUCCCAUCACCAGCCCAGGACCCGUGCUUAAUGGAGGCGUGUCCCUUCCUGCCCCCUGCCCAUCACCCUCACGCCUGCCCGUACGCUAUCCGGCAGGGGUGAACUCCCUGCCCCCCCGGGCACCCACCCCCUCUCGGCCCCCUUCACACCCUUCUGCGGCCGUCUACGGCCCUCCUCCUCCUCCCAAACGCGGCCCUACAGAAGGUGCACGGAUGUCUCCAAAGGCCCAGCGUCCGGCUCGUUCCCUCCGAGGCAUGGGCGGCCGGGGAGGAGGAGGCACCACACCCCCCAUGGCAGGGGAUCCUGGCCCCCACGUUGGCCUCCACGCGGGCCCGCACGUGGGCCACCACGGGCCCCCGGCCAACACAGAUCUCCCUGUGCCCUCGCAGCAGGGCCCCUCGCGGGGUGGCGCCAGCUGGUCUGCUGUCGUCAGCGGAGGUGCCACAAACCGCACGUCUCCCAAGUCCUACCGCCCACGCUCUCCCAAAACUGGCUCCCAGCCCCCAUCCGGCCCUGCGCCCAGUGCCCCCCAGGGCACUGUGACAGGCGUCCCCUACCCACCUCCUCCAUCCCAGGGGGUGCCCAGUGCCCCUACAGGCACGGCCACGCCUACGUCGCCCCCCAGGACAGGCCCUUCUGCACCAUCUGUCCAGGAAAGCAGUCACAUCCAGACAGUGCCGUCAUCUGCUCUUCCCAGCUCUGCUGCCCCCUCCGCAGUGCCCGUAAGGUUUGAAGGCACUGGACCCGAAGUGAAAGAAGCUAAGCUCCUCGAACAAAGGGUUGUGGCAGUGUCUGCUGCUGUGAGCAAAGAAAAUGUAAGACCCCCAGAGCAAGCAUGCAGCAACCCUCAAGCUGCCUUCUCUAAACCACCCCCAAAAGUGGUUCCCGCACCUCUAAUGCAUCAAGACCAUGACAAGAGCCGCAUUCAAGUUAAAAAGGAGCUCAAAGAAUUCCAGACCAAGUUCAUCCUCCAGUCUAGUACUGAAACGGAGGUUGACGCAGCUUUGAGGGACAAGAGCCAACAGCCUGGCUUGCCUUUGGCAAGUGAAGCCAAAUCUCAGCAACAACAGCAACAACAGCAGCAUCCUCCUCAACCACAGCAGCAGCUGCCACCCCAACCACAGCAGCAUCCACCACCCCCAGGCAUUCCUUCAAUUGACCCCAGUGCUUGUGUGGAGACUGGGAACCCGAGUGGCCUGGCGAGGAGUGCUGAGGGAGUCAAGGCUGUUUCCAUGGGGCCUCCUGGUAGCGCCACAGAGGACAAGGAGGGCAAAGUUGUGCCAGGGGCGACACCUGGUUCACUGGCAUCUGGUUCAGUGAGCGACAAGAUGGAUGGCGAGGAGGGGGAUAGGACAGGGGACGGCAUGAAUGACAAUUCUGUUAAGAAGUCCACACUCAAUCCGAAUGCCAAGGAGUUUGUGCUUAACCCGAGUGCCAAGCCAUUCGUACCUAUGACAAAACCAGCAACAACGCCAACUCCUCCACGGCCUCAGACGCAACCCAGCCCCUCGGUGCUGGUGCAGCCGAUUCCCGGCACGCCCGUUUACAGCCAGCAGCCAACACAGUACCUGCACUUCCCGCACACCAUCCCUCCUGGCAUGCAGGUCUUCCACCAGGGUGGGUCCCUCUACCAGUACCAGCUGCCGCACUCCGUGCCCGUCAACCAAAACAAGCCGUACAGGACAGGGUCUGUGUCAUCCCAACGGGGCGAACAGCACCAUCCUCCCCCAACUGUCAUGGUGCCGGCGCCGACAGCCAAUGCCGCUGGGCCACCCCUGAUUUCACCCUCGCCCUACACCUCCUACAUCCAGUACCAGCCACAGUUGGUGCAGUAUCCCUCGCAGCCCACGGCAGUGUACGGGCCUGUCAUCCAGGGUAACACGCGCCUCAUGGCGGGGGCGGGGCAUGGCCAGCCAUCUCUGGUCUCCUCGGCACAGCAAUACCAGCAGGCCGAGCAGCAGCACCCACAGACAGUCUACAUGUCUGGUCCAGUCCCUCAGUCGUACCAACAUGGGCCGAUGCACCCUCACCACCCACAGCAUCCGCAGCCCCCUGCCACCCCUACAGGCCAGCAGCCUGGUCGCCAGCACCCUGGCGCUCCCAGCCCUGCACAGCACCCCUCGGGCCAGCCUCCUCCGCACAUGGGGAAUCCUCAAGGACAAAGCAUUUACCAUGCAGCCCUGACCCCAACGCCACCCUCACUCACCCCAGGACCCAGCCCGCAAAGCCCCCAGACAAGUUACCCUCCCUCGCAGCAGCCUGUCUAUGCCCUGCACCCUCAGUCCAUGGGGCAUCAGUACGCUGGGCACCCACCACCACCACCACACAUGAUUUUGCAACAGGCACACAUGCAGGCUGGCAUGGGCGGUGGACAUCCCCAGCAUGCGCACCCUACCCAUCCUUCGCACCCUACGCAGGUCAUGCUGAUGCAGGCCAAUCAGCACGGGGGUCACGGGGCACCGCCUUCAAUCCCCGUCUCCUCCACAACGCACUACGCAUAUAUGCCCCACCCUCAAGUGGCUCACCAUCAACAGCCACAGAUGCAAUACCCACCCAGCCAGUAAAACAAUGAACGGAAAAGUCUGCUACGUGAAAUAUUAAUGACUACGUAUUCGCAUAAACCGGCAGCCGAAGGACACGAUUACGGACCUUAGAAGACGUAUGAAACUCCACCACUGAUGAUGGAACCGAAUAUUCGCCAAUGAUGGAAGUUUGCUGGAAAUGAGAUACAUUUAUCUGAACCUCAGCAACCACUAAGUUCUUAAGAAUAUGUUUAUCAACUGCAAGAUGCGUAUCUUAGUGAAUACAUAAUCAAAACCGACUAAAAUGCCUCCUGUCCAGCUUUUGAUUUAACUUUGAAAUUAAGGGCCGUCUAAGAGUUGGACAAUAUGCAAACGCAAAUGUCUGUGCUUCAUUAGUUUGGUGGAAAGAACUUGGUUGAAACUGACACUAAAACUGGAUGGUCAUUCUUUUUGUUCGACAUUUAAUCAUGUUUAGUUUUUGUGACAACAGAAUGCCUCGGUUUGUGGCCAUGCAUCAUUUACAGACAUCUUGACAUCUCAUGCCAAGAUUGACAGAAAAAGAGACUUAUUUAAACUACAAGGCCUGCAAUUGAAGGCAACUCUGGAACAUAAUUUGGUAGCACAAUUCCUCGGCCAUUUUCAUAAGAACAAAUGAUGAAUCCGUCCAAAAAUGUUUUCCAAGACACAUGCAAAGGCCUCGACGCGAUGAUCACAAGAGUUAUAUUCCUGUCGCGAACACACUAAUGGUUGACGCAGAUGUUUGUAUGGCAAGCUGUGCAGAGGCCACAACUGCGCGCAUUGACGUGGCUAGCGAUAAAUUGCGUUGACGACCCCUUUUAGAAACUUUUCAGAUUGUGGAAGCUGUGAAAGUAGACCUGUACAGAGCUUCUAGUUCUUUUCUGCUGCAUAAUACUAAAACUGGAGUCUCAUGUAGUAGGAACUGCUGGAAAAAAAAUAAGUGCGACUGUUGCUUUUUGGCAUCCCUUCCCCCAUGCUUGCUGAGGUGUUGUCCUGACACGCCUCCUUGUCGGUGUUGGAAACGUACUUUUAAUUGAAAUAAUUUCAAGGGUCUAAACGUAAUCAGCUGUUACUUUCUUUUUUAGCAAAGUAUAACAUCCCUGCGCUUUUAACCAGUGUUCACUCGAGAUGUGAUUAAAAAAAACUUACGUGGCUUCGAGCCGAGGGAGGUUGGAAAACAUUUUUUUUUAAAGGACAGGCCGAGGUUAGAAUUGUGCACUUUAAAUCAAUGGUUGGAUACGCAGAUCACUAUUGAGAGUGCGCUGCUUGUGGAUGAUUUUUUUUGUCUCGAGUAGCCCCUAAGACUUAGGUCAGAGGAUUAGUUAUGGUCCUACAGGAUUCUAUGACGUUUCCACCGCUGCUAAGACGACGUGGCGCUGUCAGGUGACUUUCUGUACUGUUCGUGUUGCUUGGCUUUUGCACUCCUGGUGCUGCGACAACCUCGUGCUUCGGGAGGCUAAAAGUCUUGCCGGUUUGUGUGCGUGCGUGUGUGCAUUGAGAUGCUUGAAGAGAUUUGAUGCAGACUUGACAGACUUCUGACAAACAGUAGUAACUUGAAGCGAAUCAGACUUUUUACGAUGGGACGUUUUACUGCAGUUGAGGAUAGAAAUUAAAAAACUUAAAAAAAUACCUAAAAAAUCGAAAAAAAUAAAAUCUUAAACAUCCCAACCAA